UCCCAGUAAACAGACAGUGCCAGAUCUGUAUGUUGUUAUUUCCGCAAUGAGUUAGAUUGUGUCGGUGUUCUGCAUGAACGUCCAUUCUUCUUUGUACGAGGGUGACGCAACUUGAAAUAUUUAACUUUCACUUUUAACUUCCACAACAUUCUCACACCAUAAAAUGGCCACAAUAAGUUCGACUGAUCCCUUAACAGGGGAUGUGAACACAGAGGAGGAUCCAAGUGGAAGUCACAGCCCUGAAAAAGACCGUCCAAACACAUUCUCACAACAUAAAAUGGCCACAAUAAGUUCGACUGAUCCCUUAACAGGGGAUGUGAACACAGAGGAGGAUCCAAGUGGAAGACACAGCCCUGACAAAGACCGUCCAAACAUGUCUGAUUUGAGGAUAAUGCUGCUGGGGAAGUCUGGAGAACUGAAGAGCAAAGUGGGAAAUAUCAUCCUGGGGAGAGAGGCUUUUGCAACUGAGCCCUCCUUCUUUUCAGUAAAACAGCAGUGUGAGAGAGCCAGGGGACUGGUGGACGGGAGACAUGUGACUGUGAUCAACACUCCUGACUUACUGCAUCCCCAGAUCUCUCAGCUUGAAAUAGACAAGCAGAUUGAGUUGUGUGUCUGUCUGUCAGACCCUGGGCCCCAUGUGCUUCUGGUGGUGCUGCAGCCUGAGAGAUUUACAGAAACAGACAGUGACAGAAUGAGUAAGAUUCUGACCACUUUGGGUGAUCAGGCCUUUAACUACACAAUGGUACUGAUCACCCAUGAUGGCAAAAAAACAGAUGAUUGUAUUGAUGAACAAAGGGAUCUUAUCGAAAAAUGCAGAGGAAGGUAUCACAGGUUCGGCAAUAUAGACAAGACCGACCAUGCUCAGAUUAGUACAUUUAUGGAAAGUGUUAACAGAGUAGUGAAGGAGAACGAAGGGAGAUACCUCAUCUGUGAGACAUAUAAGGAGGCAGAAUCAGGUACACAUUCAACACCAGUGACUGGAAGUGAGCAAGAUAUGGAGAGAGCAAGUAGCAAGAGAGAAGACCAGAAGACCCAGGAAGAAAAAAUGGACAUUUCCCAUAUACCCCAGCGGAGGAGAAGGAGUACUGAUGAACCCCCAACGAUGUCUGAGCUGAGGAUUGUGCUGCUGGGGAGGUCUGGAGAACUAAAGAGUAAAGUGGGAAAAAGCAUCCUGGGGGGAGAGGUUCUUCCAGUAAAAGAUCAGUGUGAGAAAGCACAAGGUCUGGUGAAUGGGAAGCGUGUGGCUCUGAUCAACACUCCAGACUUACUGGACCCUAAGCUCCCAGACAGGAAAUUAUUCUAUCAGAUAGAGAGAUGUGUUACCCUGUCUGCCCCAGGUCCUCAUGCACUUCUGCUGUUGCUGGAGAGCAGCACAUUUACAAAGGGUGAUAAACAAAGACUGAAGAGAAUCCUGGGCUUUUUCAGUGAUGAGUCCUUUAAGUACUCAGUGGCACUGGUGACAGAGAAGAGUAAAAGUUUUUUUAACAUUAAGGAUUCUAUUUAUUCAACAAUUAGUAAGAGUCCUGUUCAUAAAGUUGUUGAGAAGUGCAGUCAAAAGUGUCACACGUUGAACAACACAGAAGAGAUUAAUUACACCCAGGAUACUAAAUUAAUGGAGAAAAUAGAGCAGAUGGUGGAGAAGAAUGAAGGAGGUUUCCUCCGCUGUGAGAUGUUCAAGGAGCCAGAAUCAGCUGCGCUAGGAGCGAUAGAGGGCUCACUGAUGGGGACUGAACAGAAGAUGGAGAGGAAGCAGAAUCCACAGGCACGGCCUAGAGAACAACAGCAAAUGGGAAAAGGAGAACAAGUGGCUGUGGCUGAUAGACUGAACUUGGUGUUGUUUGGGAGGAGUGGAGCUGGGAAGACUUCUGCAGGAAACGCCAUCCUGGGACAGAGGGAGUCCAGUGUGGAUUCCAGCUCCUCUUCAGUGUGUGAGAGGAGAGAGGGAGAAGUGUGCGGUUGCCUGGUUACCGUGGUGGAAAUGCCAGCUCUGUGUGAAUCACAGCUCACUGCAUCCACUGUGUCUCGCCUCUGUGCCUCUCUCUGUGGCCCUGGAGUUCAUGCCUUCCUCCUGGUCUCAGCAGCUGCUCCUCUCACUGACGAAGACAAGGCAGAAAUAACAAGGAUUCGGGAGAUAUUUGGCUCAAGAGUCACUGAGUACAUGAUGGUCCUUUUUACCCAUGAAAGUCCAACUGCUGAACUGGUUCUUGACUUUCUUCAGCAGAAUAAAUAUACGCGGGAGCUUCUGGAGAUCUGCAGCAACAGGUUCUGCGUUUUCAAUGACCAGGACAUUGUGAAUAACCCAAUAGUUCCAAAGCUUCUGAAGGCUAUUGAGGAGAUGAAUAGAGCAACAGAAAGCUGCUUUUCCCUGGAUAUGUACUGGGAGGCACAGCUGGAGAAGCAGGUCCAAGAGCUGGAGGAGAAAGACAGGAAGAUCAGAGAAUUAGAAGACAAUAUCAAGGCCAAAUCACUGGUGUCUGAGCUGAGGAUUGUGCUGCUGGGGAGAUCUGGGGAACUGAAGAGUAAAGUGGGAAAUAUCAUCCUGGGGACAGAGGUUUUUGAAACGGAGCCCUGUUUAAUAAAACAGCAGUGUGUGAGAGCCGGAGGACUGUUGGAUGGGACACACGUGUCUGUGAUCCACACUCCUGACUUACUGCAUCCCCAGAUCUCUCAGCUUGAAAUAGACAAGCAGAUUGAGUCGUGUGUCUGUCUGUCUGACCCUGGGCCCCAUGUGCUUCUGCUGGUGCUGCAGCCUGAGGGAUUUACUCAGAAGGACAGAGACAGAAUGAGGAAGAUUCUGACCACUUUGGGUGAUCAGGCCUUUAACUACACAAUGGUACUGAUCACCCAUGAAAGCAAAAAAGCAGAUGAUUGUAUUGAUGAACAAAGGGAUCCCAUUGAGUUGUUUAUCAAAGAAUGCUGCGGAAGGUAUCACAGGUUCAACAAUAUAGACAAGAUGGAUCAUGCUCAGAUUACUACAUUUAUGGAAAGAAUUAAGACUGUAGUAAUGGAGAAUGAUGGAAGAUACCUCAUCUGUGAGACAUAUAAGGAGGCAGAAUCAGGUACAACAUCAACACCAGUGACAGGAAGUGAGCAAGAUAUGGAGAGAGCAAAUAGCAAGAGAGAAGACGAGAAAACCCAGGAAGAAAAAUUGGACAUUUCCUUGUCUGAGCUGAGGAUUGUGCUGCUGGGGAGGCCUGGAGAAGUAAAGAGUAAAGUGGGAAAUAUCAUCCUGGACAGAAAGGUUCUUUCAGUAAAAGAUCAGUGUGAGAGGGCACAAGGUCUGGUGAAUGGGAGGCCUGUGGCUCUGAUCAACACUCCAGACUUACUGGACCCUGAGCUCCCUGACAGGAAAUUAUUCUAUCAGAUAGAGAGGUGUGUUACCCUGUCUGCCCCAGGUCCUCAUGCAUUUCUGCUGGUGCUGGAGAAUGGCAGGUUUGAUAACAAAAGACUAAAGAGAAUCCUGUGCUCUUUCAGUGACGAGGCCUUUACGUAUUCAGUGGUACUGCUCAUACAGGGGAGUAAAAGAUCACGUAGCAUUGGUAAUCCCGUUGACAAAGUUAUUGGGAAGUGCAGUGGAAGGUGUCACGCAGUGAACACCAAUGAGACUAAUUGCACCCAGGUUACUGAAUUAAUGAAGAAAAUAGAGAAGAUGGUGGAGGAGAAUGGAGGAGGUUUUCUCAGCUGUGAGAUAUUCAAGGAGCCAGAAUCAGCUGCGCUAGGAGCGAUAGAGGGCUCACUGAUGGGGACUGAACAGAAGAUGGAGAGGAAGCAGAAACCACAGGCACGGACUAGAGAACAACAGCGAAUGGAAGUGGCUGUGGCUGACAGAUUGAACUUGAUGUUGUUUGGGAGCAGUGUAGCUGGGAAGACUUCUGCAGGAAAUGCCAUCCUGAGACAGAGGGGGUCCAGUGUGGAUCCCAGCCCCUCUUCAGUGUGUGAGAGGAGAGAGGGAGAAGUGUGUGGUCGCCUGGUUACCGUGGUGGAAAUGCCAACUCUGUGUGAAUCACAGCUCUCUGCAUCCACUGUGUCUCGCCUCUUUACCUCUCUCUGUGGCCCUGGAGUUCAUGCCUUCCUCCUGGUCAUACCAGCUGUUCCCCUCACUAAUGAAGACAAAGCAGAAAUAACAGGGUUUCAGGAGAUAUUUGGCUCAAGAGUGACUGAUUACAUGAUGGUCCUUUUUACCCAUGAAUAUCCAGAUGCUCAACCUGUUCGUGACUUUCUGCAGCAGAAUAAAGAUACUCAGGAGCUUCUAGAGAUGUGUGGCAACAGGUUCUGCGUUUUCAACGACCAAGACAUUGUGAAUGACCCAAUAGUUCCAGAGCUUCUGAAUGCUAUAGAGGAGAUUAAUAGAGCAACAGAAAGUUGCUUUUCCAUGGAUAUGUAUUGGGAGGCACAGCUGGAGAAGAAGGACAGGAAAAUCAGAGAAUUAGAAGAAACUAUCAAGCACAAAUCACUGGGUGCUGAGUGUAAAGAUCAGAACUCGGACUGUGUGAGGAUAGUGCUCGUGGGGAAGACAGGAAGUGGGAAAAGUGCCACAGGAAACACCAUACUGCAGAGGGAGGAGUUCCUGUCUGAGCCCAGUUCAACAUCAGUGACAACCCGCUGUAAGAAAGAAGUAGGAGAAGUAGCAGGCAGGCGUGUUGCUGUAGUUGACACACCAGGUCUCUUUGACACAGAAGUUACUAAUGAGGAGGUCCAGCAGGAAAUGGCCAAAUGCAUCUCCUUUUUAGCCCCAGGACCUCAUGUGUUCCUCAUAGUUCUACAGAUUGGAAGAUUCACAAAGGAGGAGAUGGAAACAUUGCAGCUCAUUAAGAGUACCUUUGGUAAAAAUGCUGAAAUGUUCACCAUAGUCAUUUUCACAAGAGGGGAUGAUCUUAAUGAAUCCAUUGAUAGUUACAUUCAGAGGAGCAACAUUACACUCCAGAAUCAGAUUCAAGACUGUGGAAACAGGUUUCAUGUCUUCAAUAAUAAAGACAAGAGCAAUUGCACCCAAGUGCCUGAGCUGCUGGGUAAGAUAGACAUGAUGGUGAGGAAGAACGGAGGUGGCUGCUACACCAAUGCGAUGUUCCAGGAGGCAGAAAUGACCAUAAAGAAAGAGUGUGAAAGAAUACUGAGAGAGAAGGAGGAAGAGAUGCAGAGAGAGAAAGAUGUGCUGAUGUCAAAACAUGAAGGGGAGAUUAAAGAGAUGCAGAGCAGGAUGGAAGAGCAAAGACUUCAAGAAGAGAAUGAAAGAAAACGUUGGGAAAAAGAGCUGAAAGACAAAGAAGAACAUUUAAAGAAAGAAUGCAAAGAGUGGAAAAAAAGAGAGCCAAAGGAAAAAGAAAGAAGAGAUGAGGAAGAGAAAAAGAAAAAGGAAAAACAAGAAUUAGAGUGGAAGGGGAAAAUGGCUAAGAUAGAGAAAGAGAAAUCUAGAAUGAAAAAGGAGUUGAAACAUAGGGAAGAUGAGGAAAAAAAUAGGGUAAAAAGAGAGGAGAAACAGAGACAAGAGAUGAUAGAAAAACAAAGCAGAGAAAGGAAAGAAUUUGAGGACAAGCAAGCAGAAGAAAAGAAAAAGAGAGAUAGAGAGGAGCAGGAGAGGAAAAACCGUGAGUGGAGAGAAAGAAGGGAGUGGAAACAGAAAAUGAAAGACACAGAAAAGGAGAAAAAAGAGAUACAAGAAGACAUGAAGAAAAGAGCUGAGGAAUGGGAACAGGAAAGAAAAAUGGAACAGAUAAAGAAAGAGGAAGAAGAGAAGAGAAGGAGACAGAAAGAAGAGCAAGAGAGAAAAGAGUGGGAUGAGAAACAAAAGAUAAUGAGGGAUGAGUUUGAGAAAGAAAGGAAAAAAGAAAGACAAAGGAGAGAAAAGGAAAGGAGAGAUAAAGAGGAACUGAUGGAGAGGAAUCUUGAAGAACAGAAAAGGCAGUUGAAAAAACAAGAAGAGGAAUGGGACAAGGAAAGAAAACAGGACAGAGAGAGAAGAGAUCAAGAGGAUGAGCAGAGAAGAGAGGAGGAGAGAGAAAUGCUGGCAAGACUACAGAAGGAAUUUGAGAGGGAACGAGAAGUAGAGUGCCGGAAGAGAAAGAUGGAAGAUGUGGCCAGGAGAGAAAGAGAAGAAAGUGAACGUAAAGAAAUGGAGGAGUACCAUGAAAAAAUUUUUAAAAAAAUGAAGGGGAAAUAUGAAGCAGAUGCAAGAAAACAAGCAGAACAAUUUAAUUCAUUUAAACAGCAGCUUUCAGAAUCAAAUACAAAGUUUGAAAUGAGACUAAUCAUCCAAAAGGACCUACUUGGAAAGGAGAUAAAAAAACUAAGAGAGCUACUUGAGAAGCUAACCGAACCAAAAGAUGACCAUCAGCCCCAGCGUGCCAACCAACCUAAAGAACCUGAAACACAAGUGAAUUCCCUGGAAGAUCACAUCGGGCAGUUGGAGAAGCAAUUUAAAGAAGUAACUAAGCAGCUGAAUGAGUUGAAAAAAAAAAGUAGAAACUGUGUAAUACUGUAAUGCUGCAACAGGCAUGCUUUCCUGUGUUAGGCAUUGGAACAUACCAUUACUCCAGUGCAGAUUAAGAUCUUGAUGUGGAGUGCCCCAUUCGGACACAAAGCCAGCUUUUAAAAACAUGAAUUUCAGGACAUUUUUUAAUUAAUGCUCUUUCUCCCUCUUCCCAAUUUGCCAAUCAUGUCCAAACAGCAGGGGUUAUCAUAACCUCAGCCAUCAUUUUGGGAGAACACAGACAAACGUGCUCUUCUCUGAAGCAUGUGAUGUCAGCCACCGCUUCUUAUACCACAGUUCGCAAGUCAGACUCAGGCAGACAUGAGUCAGAGGAAGAUGAGCGAUUCUGCUAAGUGAUUGUAAGGUAAUGUAAAAGACACUGUAUACAUGUGAAAGACACUUUACACGUGUGUCUCAAUAGGUGCAAAUUGCGGCCACCAGACUGUGGGACCCUGCCAUGCACCAGUUCAGUGUUUUAACAGCAUAAGCCACCCAGCAGCCCCCAUGGAACCCUAUUGUUAAAGAUGUAAAAGCUGUUUGCAAAAAAAAAAAUCAGUCAGAAAUACAAGAUAAAACAAAAAAAAUCUAUUAAUUUAUGCCAAUCCAACCGUUACUGCCAGUCACUCCUUCACUACCAGUCACAGCGAGGGUGCCCAGAUUAAUGCUUCUAAUGAACAGCCCCAGGACACUGGAUGUGGAUGGGCUUCUCCUAGGCAGUGUGUUGGUAUUAUGUGUACAGAGGGCUCUGUGUCAGUUUUGUUUGAGAUCAGUCGCAGUGCCAGAAAUGUCCAGUAUGAGGGGAUGCCCUGCAGAUGUGAGCCCCAAAGUCCCGCUUCUACCGUGUAGCCUGUUGUUCGCUGUUUUUGCCGUGAGGGUUCAAAAAACCAACAAAACAAACAAAAUAUAGCUUUAUUGCUUGGUCAUUUCAUAAUCUUAAAAUUGUAUAAAUGUGACAUUUAUAAAGUGCAUUGUCGCUUAUGAAAUUCACCUCUGCAUGGACCAAUAAAAAAUGCAGACAUUUAAGCAAUUUUGCCUUUAAGUAUAGUUGGUUUGAGCAUGUGCUUUGAAUAAAAAUAUUAAA